UGCAGGAUGUAAUAAACAAGAACAGUAGCAGGAAAUUAAUGAGUAGUGAGAGGGCAGGGUUGGUGCUUGGUAGUGAGAUGAUGACGAUGACGGGAGAGAACGAGAAAGGAGAGCGAUGGAGCGGAGCGAUGACGAAUCUGACGGAGAUGUCAUCGAAUCUCGAAUCUCUCCAGAAGCUUCUUCUCACCAAAGCCGUCUUCGUCGACGACGACACCUUCUCCAAAGCCUCCCUCACCGCCGACCAAGCUCGCUCCAUCAAACUGCUCCAGCAACGAGUCGAGACCUUGGAGAGAGAGGUCGACGCCGCCAUCACCGCUGCCGCUCGCGCUCGCUCCGAGAAACGACAGGCCGAGGCCGCUCAAAAAGCCGCCGAAUCGCGCGCUCAACAGCUCACCGCCGAACUUGAAAACACCACAAAGGUGUUUGAGUUGCACAUGGAAGAGCUGCGCGCGAAGCAAGAAGAAAUCGAGAAGCGCGACGAGGACAUCAAGCUUCUCGAAGCUAUAAUUCGAACACUUGGAGGAAAGGAAUCGCUCUCUACGUCUCAGUAAAAGCAUUCGCGCUAGGCUGGUCAACCCUAACCAGUGGCAGUAUCCCCUUUCAUUACUUUGUAAAUUCAAUUUUACACUUGAAAGUGAAGGAUUCUCAUCCUUAUGAUUGUAAUAAAUAAUGUUUCUGUAUGAAUGAAUAUUGAUAAUUCUUUGUGCAUGAUUGCUCUAGUGAUUUUCCUGCGCCAAAUGAGGAUAACGAAUGGAGGAAGUGCGAGGUAGACUGCAACUUGCAGGUGUUGAACUUUGUUUUAACUUGGGUUGCAUAGCAUGCAGUUGACACAAGUUACGAUACAUUGUAUUGCUUCUGAUUUGGGUGUAUAGUUUCAUCACAAUUGGAGUGUGUGUUUGAGUAAACAGUUCAGUUGUGUCCUUGUUGAGUAAUUGUUAUUAUGUAACUACUUGUUUACAAGUUGUUUGUGUAAUCAAAUAAUACAAAUGAUUAAACUGUUUUCAUUUACUUUA